UUUUGAUGGGGUAAUAAAUUGUUACGUGAAUAUGAGUCGGCAAUUUAGGCACUUUUAACCACCAGAGCGUAAAGACCUUGGGGUAGUAAAAUGUCUCUAUGAGUCAGCAAUAUUUGCCUGUAAUAAAACAGCGAGGCCGACAUCCAACAGCUCAUUCGGAUAAGCUACAAUAACCCUGCGCACACAAAAAUGGAGGAGAGAAACGAUCAGAAUCCCGUGAUUCUACACCAAUUCCCGCGAAACCCCAGACUCCCCGUUCCAAAUAUCUCCCCUCCAUGUCUCAAGUUAGAGACGUGGAUGCGCAUGGCGAAGAUCCCGUAUGAUGUGAAUACGGCGUUUAAGAAAUCCAGCAAGGGAAAGUUCCCGUGGAUUGAGCAUAAAGGGAAACAUGUAGCUGACUCCCAGUUCUGUAUCGAGUACUUGACGCGGGAGUUUGGUGUUGACCUUGAUGAAGGGUUGAGCGAAGCUGACAAGGCCGUUGCCACGGCAUUCAGGGUAAUGCUCGAGGAAAACACGUUCUGGACAUUCCUCCACUUUCGAUUCUUCAGCCCAAACGCGCCCACGUUCCGUGACAACAUGCUGCACUCUUUUCCCGCGCUAAUGAGACACCUCGGCUUCUGGAAAUUUAAGCGCACAGUGGGAGGAAACAUGAACGGCCACGGUAUUGGCCGCCACACCGAAGACGAGAUCUACAAUCUGGGGGAGAGAGACCUGGCCGCGCUGUCAGGAUUCCUGGGCUCUAAGAAAUUCCUGUUAGGUGACAAGCCUUGCGUGACAGACGCUGCCAUAUUUGGUCUGGUGGCGAAUAUAUUAUGGACAGCGCAGGGGAGUCCUCAGGAAAAAGCCAUCCGAGAUAAAAUGCCGAAUCUCCUGGCGCAUGCACAGAGAAUGAAGGAAGAGUUUUACCCUGACUGGGAUCAGUUGGUCAGCGGUAAAGACCCAAAUAAGGAUGCGCAGAAUGGCAAUACUAAUGAAUCUUAUAAGCAGCGCCCUCAUUGACUAAUAUCACGGCGAACAAAAGGGAGAGGGAGCUUCAACUUGUAAUAACAACUUUGUACCCCUCCCCCCACCCUAAAAAAACAUUUCCCAGCAAUUGCUUUAAUGCAUGAACUUUGCGAUAUAUACUAUAAAUACGGCUUGUGAAAAAAAAUAGUCCACGCCCCAAAGUUCUCAGAAAUCCGUUGAAAGUUGAAGUUAAUUCGGGUGAAGUUGAACGAUGUCAUUCUUAAAAGAAACCACCAGUGGGUACAAAAAAAUUGCUCCUCUUCACCCGAAUAUAACAUCCUUGCUCUUAAAGAAUGUCGAUGAACCACUCCUUUGUUAUUAAUUGCCACUGAAAAUACAACGGAUUUUACGCAAGGAAACUUGCGUAAAAAAACAACAAUCUACGAAUGAAGUCUGAAAUGUUAUUGAGGAUAUUUGAUUGAAAAUAUCUUGGUAACUCGCCUAAAUUAGCCGAUGAAAAUGCAGGAUGCUUUGUGUGGAAUUGAGCGGGAGCAUGAAAUGGCGGCGUGAUUGGCCCUUUUUUAGACCAUGUCUCCUGAACAUUUCUUAGGUCAUCAAAAAGUGUGUGACAAAAAAUAAUCAGACGGAUACUGCUUAUGCAAACAGUCAUGAGAGAAAACUUGAAAAUAAAAAAAAAGGCUUUCGUUUGUGCAAAGAUGGAUUUCCUAUCCAUUACAGAGCAAUUUAUUAAAGAAAUAACCACAAAGCUAUUCAUAUUCAUAUUCAUAUUGAAGAACCCUUGAAUACAUGUAAACAAAGAUGUGAAAAAAAUAAUAAUAAAAUCCUGCACAAAACAA